AUGCAGGGACAUCUCACUCUCCUGGCACUAGCCAGCCUAUUUCUAGCUCCCAGCAAGGCCGCUGACGAUGCUACUGAUAUGGGCCCAGCAGCCUUCUUGUGGCCUCCCGAUCGGACUUGGUCGAAAACAACAGACAACACUGCGCCGUGUGGCUCAAAUGCUGGGAUCGGAAACCGAACGGAGUUUCCUCUAAAAAACGGAGAGGUAUCAUUGGUUCUCCAAGAUGAAUCCUACAAUGUCAAUCUAGCCAUCUCUUAUCAUAACGACCCUACCUCCAACAACGAUUUCGUAACAGAUGUCGAUGGCAGUAACUUUCCCGACCUCGAGCCAGGCCACGAGUGCUACUCCAUUCCAAACCCACCAUCAAACAUCACAUCUGGUGCGAAUGCUACACUACAACUGAAAUACCAAUCCACCUUCGAUACAGACACAAACAAGACAUACUAUGCCUGCGCUGAUAUCACCUAUAUUCCGCUUAGCGAAUUUACUACCGAUGUUCUCUGCUUCAAUGUAUCGAUUUCCGAUUCAUCAUCCACUACAACUGCAACUGCUAGCAGCAGUAGCAAGUCAUCUGAACUUUCUGGAGGUCAGAUCGCUGGUAUUGUUGUGGGUUCAGUUGUGGGUGCGGCUCUCGUUUUGGGUGGUAUGUUCCUUCUUUGGAGUCGUCAUCAGCGUAAGGUGCAACGAGACAAGGUUGUUGCGGUUAGGAUGGGUGAUUGGCAUAAUAAUCCACAGAAGACGGUGUCUACUGAGGAGAAUGCAGCGUAA